GCCCCGCGGCCGGGGGAGUCACCGGCGGUGGGCGGCGGUGGAGGCUCGUCUCGCUGUUUCUCCGUCUCUGUGGUUUUCCGAGGAGGGAGGAUUUGACGCAGAAGCAACUGGCGCUUCGGCGUGGCCGGACUAUUGUUUUACAUGUAUCAACUGGAUCCUGAUAUUGUAUUCAUUAUCAUUUUUAAGGAUGUUUCGUCUUAAGUCACUUUCUGCAUUGGCAGAGCUGGCCCUGGGCUCUCGAUGGUACCAUGGAGGGUCACAGCCCACCCAGGUCAGGCGGCGGCUAAUGGUAGUGGCUUUUCUGGGAGCAUCUGCAGUAACUGCAAGUACUGGUCUUUUGUGGAAGAGAGCCCUUGCAGAAUCUCCACCAUCUGUAAACAACCUAAAGAGUGAAGUUGGUGAUAAAGGAAAGAAUAAAGAUGAAGAGGAAGUUUAUAACCAUGGAAAAAAGGCUGAAGAUACUUGUCCUGAGUUUCAUUCGGAAGAGAAAAAGAAAAAACGUUCUGGAUUCAGAGACAGAAAAGUAAUGGAAUAUGAGAAUAGGAUUAGAGCAUAUUCUACACCAGACAAAAUCUUCCGAUAUUUUGCCACCUUGAAAGUAAUCAGUGAGCAUGGUGAAUCUGAAGUGUUUAUGACUCCACAAGAUUUUGUGCGCUCCAUCACACCCAAUGAAAAGCAACCGGAACACUUGGGCCUGGAUCAAUAUAUAAUAAAACGAUUUGACGGAAAGGAUUUCUGGCAGACAGAGAAAAUUGCCCAAGAACGAGAAAAAUUUGCUGAUGAAGGCAGUAUAUUUUACACCCUUGGAGAAUGUGGACUCAUAUCCUUUUCAGACUACAUUUUCCUCACAACUGUUCUUUCUACUCCUCAGAGAAAUUUUGAAAUUGCUUUCAAGAUGUUUGACUUGAAUGGAGAUGGAGAAGUAGACAUGGAGGAGUUUGAACAGGUUCAGAGCAUCAUUCGCUCCCAAACAAGUAUGGGUAUGCGUCACAGAGAUCGUCCUACUACUGGUAACACCCUCAAGUCUGGCUUGUGUUCAGCCCUCACAACCUACUUUUUUGGAGCUGAUCUCAAAGGGAAGCUGACCAUCAAAAACUUCCUGGAAUUUCAGCGCAAACUUCAGCAUGAUGUUCUGAAGUUAGAGUUUGAACGCCAUGACCCUGUGGAUGGGAGAAUUACUGAGAGGCAGUUCGGUGGCAUGCUGCUGGCCUACAGCGGGGUGCAGUCCAAGAAGCUGACUGCCAUGCAGAAGCAGCUCAAGAAGCACUUCAAAGAGGGAAAGGGCCUGACAUUUCAGGAAGUGGAGAACUUCUUUACUUUCCUAAAGAAUAUUAAUGAUGUGGACACUGCGUUGAGCUUUUACCACAUGGCUGGGGCAUCUCUUGAUAAAGUGACCAUGCAGCAGGUGGCCAGGACAGUGGCUAAAGUGGAGCUCUCAGACCACGUGUGUGAUGUGGUGUUUGCGCUCUUUGACUGUGACGGCAACGGGGAGCUGAGCAAUAAGGAGUUUGUUUCCAUCAUGAAGCAGCGGUUGAUGAGAGGCCUGGAGAAGCCCAAAGACAUGGGCUUCACCCGCCUGGUGCAGGCCAUGUGGAAGUGUGCACAGGACACCGCCUGGGACUUUGCUUUGCCCAAACAGUAACCCAAAGCAGCCAGAGGGGCCGCCUCCUUACCCCACUACCCUGCCGCUCAAGCAGAGCCUGGCACAGGCCUUCCUGCUGCUGCUGCUGGAAGUAGUGCUGCCUUCCUUUGGGAAUGAUGUCAGGAUUCAACCCGUUUCCCCUCUCCUUCCUUCCCUGAUUCUGGGCUCCGAUUCUGCCCAGUGACCCUCCCUAUUGCUUCUCAAAAACAUGAAGUAGUCCUAAACACUCAGAUGUUUGGCACCUUCAACUGCACUACCCAUCCAAGCAUAAAGAAUGCGGGACAUUCCCUGAGAAACACCCAGUUCUUGACUCAUUUCUGCUGUGGAUUUAUAUUAACAAGAACAUUCCUUGCUUUUUCUCCUGCUGGUGCUUUUAAGCUACAAAUUGGGGAAAACCUCUUGGCAGCAAAAGGAAGUCUAUGGUGAAUGACGGUGAGGAUGGCUGGGCCGCCCUGAGCUGGCAGGCAGCUGGGGCGGAGGAAGGGUCUGUGCCCAGCCCCAGCUUGGCCUGAGGCCUGCUCCAGGGAGGUGACGUCACAGUGGGAAUGCAGCAAGAUGUGGGAUCGAAUGCAGCUGCUUGCUGGCUCUCCCUUCUUUUGCUCUCGGGCUGCAUAAGAAGACUCCACCGCAGCUCUAGCGAACAGCAGUGAUUGAGUUCACGUUCCCUGCAGGUGCCAUCCCCCUCCAGGACUGUGCCUCUGAAGCUGAGGCCUGCCCGGAACCCCUCUGCCUUCCGCACUUUAAUUAUAACAGUUUGCAACAAACCCUC